GGGGGCCGGAAGUGCGUGCGUGCGGCGGAAGUGAUCCUCCGGCGCGGUCCUCCAGGCCAGGGCCCUCAGCCAUCUCCACCCCCAGGUGGUUUGAACUUUGAGCCUUUUGUAGUCCUGAUGAAUAAUUUCAUUUUCCUCAAGUUUAUGACACUCGGAACGUCAAGAACUGGAGGUUUGUGCAAUUUGAGACCGGUCAGCACUGUGCAGAGAUCAGAGUACUAAGAGACAGAGAUUCAAAUGGCUUCCAGAGGAAAGACAGAGACAAGCAAAUUAAAGCAGAAUUUAGAAGAACAGUUGGAUAGACUCAUGCAGCAAUUACAAGAUCUGGAGGAAUGCAGAGAGGAACUCGAUACAGAUGAAUAUGAAGAAACCAAAAAGGAAACUCUGGAGCAACUAAGUGAAUUUAAUGAUUCACUGAAGAAAAUUAUGUCUGGAAAUAUGACCUUGGUAGAUGAACUAAGUGGAAUGCAGCUGGCUAUUCAGGCAGCUAUCAGCCAGGCCUUUAAAACCCCAGAGGUCAUCAGAUUGUUUGCAAAGAAACAACCAGGUCAGCUUCGGACAAGGUUAGCAGAGAUGGAUAGAGAUCUGAUGGUAGGAAAGCUGGAAAGAGACCUGUACACUCAACAGAAAGUGGAGAUACUAACAGCUCUCAGGAAACUUGGAGAGAAGCUGACUGCAGAUGAUGAGGCCUUCUUGUCAGCAAAUGCAGGUGCUAUACUCAGCCAGUUUGAGAAAGUCUCUACAGACCUUGGCUCUGGAGACAAAAUCCUUGCUCUGGCAAGUUUUGAGGUUGAAAAAACAAAAAAAUGACAUGGUGCAGAAGCUUAUAACAUUGAUCACAUUCUUACUGUAAAUGGUGUCUUUCUUCUGGGGGUUUUCAGUUAUUGCAAAGAAAUGAAGAGAUUCUGGAAAUGCAUCAAUAAUCUAAGAAAAAGCGACAUAAAAAUAUACUUAUGGCUUGUGUUUAUGCUCUUUAUCAUUGUGCGUUGUGUGGGGUUACUUGCUUGAGUGAUCCUGAACUUCUUGCAACAGAGGGACUCACUGGACUCUGUUAUGAUUUGUCUGUUUAAGAGAGAAAACAGAAAGUGGACUUGGUUUUUAUUAAGACUGUUCGUUUUUAAGUGUCGAUAGUGAAUGAAAAGAUGUGAAGUAAUGAUAUUUUUCUGCUUAUAACUUACCCCCACUCAUUGGAGUGAACAGUGAAGCAAGCUCAAUAGACUUCAUAAGUGUUCAGAGAAUUUUAGAGUUCUGAGUGAUCUUAGGAAAUCAUUUGUUUUUACAAACAAGGAAACUGAGGUCCAGAAAGAGCACGCGACUUGCUUAAAGUUGCAUCAGAGAGCUAAGGGUAAGACUCAGGUGUCCUGACUCCCAGUUUAGUGUCUGUUGAAUUUUAUUUCUGUACCAUUUAAAAAAUAAUAAUUAACACUAUUUGUGCAAGUCAGUGUUUUUGAAAAUUCAGUGUCCCAAUAAAAAGUUGACUGCACACUGAGGGACCAUCCCCAGCCUGUAAGCUGUCUGUAUGAAUGGGGCCCGUUGUAUCUCGGAAUUUUGAGGUUGAAACAAUGGGAGCCCUGUUGAGCGUCUCCUAAAGUGACUCAACCGCCUGCGUUGUUUCACCAGGGAAGCAAUAGGAAAUGGCAGCUAGAGGCCCUCCCUCUGUGUGACCUCUUGUCACACUCAGAGGCGGGUAACUGUCAGCUGUUAUCUACUCUUCAGGUUUUGGAGAAACACAAAAUAAGUUAUGAGGAAAAGCAAAUUUCUCUCCUGAGUAUUUACAUGUCUCUGCGUAUGCUCAAAUAUGUAGAUGUGUCCAUAUGCAUGUAUAUUAGCUUAUUUCUUAGGCUCUGGCCAUUUUAUAUUAUUUCAUGUGCUUCUAAAAAUUCUUUUUCUUUGCACUUUAUACAAAUUAAAAGCAUUUUUAAAGCU